AUGUCGAAACCAUCACCCAAAGCAGGAUUAAAGAAACGUAAGAUGGCAUCUUCGCCUAUCGACCCUGCACAGAGAAGAUUGGAUCGUUUUCUGUCGACUUCAUCGCCUUCACAAUCGCCCUCACCCUCACCCUCCAGCAAUCUUAUCAAGAAUGAGCCCAUGCAGGUAGAUUCAGUAGCGUCUACCACCAAAAAGAACCCCAUGCUGGGUACUUAUCGCCAACAAAUCAUACUACCCAAAAUCACCAUUGCUGAUGCUGAUCCUGCACGACAAGCUGAAUUAACAGAUGACAACUUUGAAAACUGCUGGACGAUGCCCAAGAAGCUGAUUUUGAGCAUAUUCUCGACAGACAACUUCAACCGAGUCAAUUAUAUUACAGCGUCUCAAAUAUCUCUGGGAUUGUGUCGAUUCGGCAAAUCAGAACAAGUGUACAGCUCACUCAAGCUGGAGAUUGAGAAACAUGUGCAAGAAAUCAAGAAAUCGCUCAUGUCAAAACCACUCAACAAAGACCUUCUGAGCAGACUCAAUGCACAGUGGGUCACAUUCUGCCAGCAACUCACCAUCAUUCGCACUGUGUUCAUGGAACUGGACAGAUACUACAUUCUACCCAACACCAAAUACAAGUCUAUCAGCCAACUAGGAAAGGACCUGUUUAGUGAAUUGAUCAUGGAAAAGGACAACUUUCUCCAUGUCGUGAUAGCUGAAGUCAUUCAACAGAUCAAGAUCGAGCGGGAUGGAUCCAAGAUCAAUGUUCCAUUGAUACGAGAUAUCUUGCGCAUGUUGACAGACCAAUCCUACUAUAAGAGCGAAUUCGAACCUCGAUUUUUGGAGAGCACCAAUUUAUAUUACAAGGAAGAGGCCAAUCGUCGCAUUAGUUAUGGUACCAUACCAGAGUACAUUUAUCAUGCUGCUGGCCGUCGCACACAGGAGUCUGAAGAAAGAGUCAAAAACUACCUCAGCCCAGACACAAAGCAAGCAUUGAUCUCUGCGGUGGUGGAUAGAUUGGUGUAUGCAAAGACGGAAAUCAUCAUUCAAGAGGGGUUUGAAGCCAUGAUGGACACAGACAUGUACGAGCCGCUCAAGAUACUCUACGAACUGCUGUUUCAAAGCCCCAAAAUGAACCUAUUACGAAAUGCAUUCGGUGCCUACGUUAAGGAGGAAGGCAUGAAGAUCAUCAAAGACCCCAAGAGCGAUCCCACCAUGAUCACAUCACUACUGCUGUUCAAGAGAAAACUCGACAAGAUUCUCAAAUCAUGCUUCAAUGACGAUGUCACAUUUGUGAAUGCACUGAAGGAGAGUUUUGAGCAGUUUAUCAAUACACGGGGCAACAAACCAGCAGAGUUACUCGCCAAACAUCUGGAUUCCAAGCUCAAGAUCCCAGUCAAGAAACAACGCUUUCAAGAGAUUGUGGAUACAGUCAGCUUGGAUUCGAUCCUCAUCCUGUUCCGUUACAUCCAGACCAAAGAUGCAUUUGAAGCCUACUUUAAGCGGUUCUUGGCCAAGCGAUUAUUGAUGGACCGAAGCGCGUCCAGUGAAUUUGAGAACCAUGUGCUUGUGAACCUCAAAGCAGAGUGCGGUCCAGAAUUCACCAAGAACUUGGAAAGCAUGUUUACAGAUGUACAGAUAUCCACUGAUUUGACAAUCGAAUUCAAGGAAUAUAAAAAGGAAAAAUCGCGUUUGCCCAUGUCUAUCAAGGUGAUUGCACAGGCGACAUGGCCAAGUUACAGUUUGCUCGACAUCAAGCUACCCGCCAAUAUGAUGGCCAGCCAAAAGCUGUUUGAGAACUUUUACGUUAGCAAAUUCAACGGGAGAAAGCUCGUGUGGCAAAACCGACUCUCCUCCUGCUCGAUUGUAGCAAACUAUCCCAAGGGCCGCAAAGAGAUUAUUGCCAGUUUAGCUCAAGCCGUGAUUCUGUUUAUCUUCAACGAUGCCAGCAAAAAGACCCUGUCGUUCUCCAGAAUACAAACCAUCACAGCAUUGGCCAAGAACGAUUUGAUCGGUUUACUGACUUCGCUGUGCACUGGACCGUACAAGCUGAUCAUCAACAUCACCUCAACCUCAGACAAAGACACUGUAGCACCCACUGAUUCAUUUGCCUACAACUUUGAUUUUGAAUCUGCUAAUCAAAAAGUACGAAUUCCUCCUGCUGCCUCAAUUGAACCUACCAAAGAUGAAGAAAAGGAUGUGGAAAAGAAGGUGCACAUUAGUAGACAACAUCAAUUAGAAGCUGCUAUUGUGCGUAUCAUGAAGGCUAAAAAGACAUCAACGCAUAGUGCGCUGGUGGAUGAGCUUUUCAAAGAGUUAAAAUACCCUGUGCAAGCGGAUGACAUCAAGAAGCGAAUCGAGUCCUUGAUUGACAGAGAUUAUAUUAUUCGCGAUACAGAAGAUCCUUCUUCCUAUGUAUAUCAAAGUUAA